GGCGGAGGCGGCCGCCGCCGCCUGCGUCGGCUUCACCAGAGAAGAGCUUUCACCUCUCAUUGUAGCUGGGAAGACGGGCAGGCAGCAGAAUGGAAAGUUCAUCAGCUAGGAGCAACAACACCUCAGAGAGGAAUCGGUUGGAUUAUGCAAGAAGUGUAUCUAUGGAUUCAGCAGGUCAUUCUUUAGGUGCUAGAUCUGGUUCAAUCCUCAGUAGGAGAAGCAGCAGACAGGGUUCGAGGGGAUCCAUCAGCCUCUCCCGUGAGAUGGGGGACUCGAUACUGAGCUCGAUGAGGCAUUCCCUUCAAUCGGCAGACCAGUUGCUUGGUGAUGUAGAUAGUUCAGUUCUUGCCCAGAUCAUUGACAGUGGUGACCGAGGGCUAGCAUUUGAAGAGGAAGAGGCGGAAAAUACCUUCGAUGGCAAUAACUCUCAAGGCACAAACGUAGUGGCACCUGUACCUGCGAUGGAGACAAAAGACAUCAAUGCUAAUGGCGCAGCCAGUUCAUCUAUCAAGGCUGAAUCAUAUAAACUUUCAUGCGUGCAAGAUUAUGCUUCUUACCUGAUCCAUUUAGCUGUCUUUGGAUUCUUCGGGGUAUUUACAAGGUAUGGGCUCCAAAAACUGUUUGGCCCUGGCUGCCUGGCACUUACCUCAGACCAAAGCCCACUGUACCUUGACCUUCCAUCUAACAUGCUAGGAUCUUUCCUGAUGGGCUGGUUUGGGAUCAUCUUCAAGGCUGAUAUACGUCAUAUAUCUGAUCAUCUCAUUGUCGGAAUCACGACAGGAUACAUGGGAAGCCUUACCACUUUCAGUGGGUGGAACCAGAAAAUGGUUAGCUUGUCUUCCAGAGGUCACUGGGUAUAUGCUGUAGCUGGCAUAGUCCUAGGAAUGUUCAUUGUCAAUGAGUCCAUCACGGUGGGUGCUGAAACUGGCGAGCGCCUGCGAGCAUGGAUCCUGAAAUGCAUCAGAGAGAAGAGCUCAAUAGGAAGCAGAUGUGACUGGGAGCACUGGAGGGUGGACACCAGGACCAAACAUUUUGUGCUUCUUGCAGUUAUGCUAACUCUACUGUCUUUGAUAUGGAUACUGAGCAUUGUGCUGGCCAUAGUGAAGGUGCACAGCCUUGCUGAUGGCGCAGUUCUGUGGCUGGGUUGCUCGGUAGCACCUCCAGGUGUUUGGCUUCGCUGGUACUUGGCAAGGCUCAACGGUGGGGGAAUUGGAGUCGGCAAACAGAGACACCUCAAAUGGCUUCCUGUUGGAACACUUGCAGCCAAUGUUCUUGCAGCAGCAAUCAUGGCAGCACUUGCUGUCACGGCUAAAGCAGAAAAUACAAAACGGUCGACUACUGUUCGUAAUGGUAUACAGCUCGGUUUCCUCGGUUGCUUGAGCACAGUGUCGACUUUUGCUGCUGAAGUUUACACCAUGAGAAGAAGUGGGCAGAUCGCAAGGGCCUUUGUUUAUGCUGCAGCUACUUUCAUUCUCUCUUUUGUGCUAGGAACUCUGAUAUACUCAGUGCCAGUGUGGGUGGAGCAUUACUGAUAGCUUCAUCACCUGUUGCAGAAUUGAAGCCUUUGAUGGUUUUUUGCAUUUUGCCCAUCCAAGUAACUAGAUAGUGCAAUGUGGAAACAAGCUUGCAAAGAAAAGCUUGGGCUUGUUUGAAACACGGAAAUUUUAUUUCAAUUGCCACAAAGAAAGUUACUGCAUCAUAGCAAAAGAGUAUACUCUCUGUAAUGUAAGUAUGUGUACAGCAUUUCUGAAAUUAGAGAGCUGGGAAUACAUACAAUUUGUAGCGUGAUGAAUGUUUUAUUGUACAACAAAAUUUUGAGGUGCAAAAACAAUGUCAAUUUCCUAUUUCCUGUGCCCAUUGGAUGCAAAG